AUGACGGACGGGGUUUGGGAGGCGUACAACGCCCGCAUCGAGGAACUUCGCGAAAGGGAAUAUCCCAUGCUGAAAGAUGAAAUCUAUCUCGACCAUGCCGGUACUACGCUGUACGCAAAGUCUCUUAUCGAGAAGUUCUCGGCGGACAUGGUAUCGAACCUCUACGGCAAUCCGCAUUCUGGCUCCGCCUCUUCACAGGCAUCGACGUCGCGCAUCGACGACGUGCGGUUGAGGUUGUUGCAGUUCUUUAAUGCCGACCCGGCCGAAUUCGAUUUGGUCUUUGUGGCAAAUGCUACGGCCGGGAUCAAGCUCGUCGUAGAGGCUCUUCGGGCUGGACCCGAUGGUUUUACGUACGUGUACCACCAGUCAUCCCACACAAGUCUCGUGGGCGUCCGAGAAGAGACUAGAACCAGUCUUUGCUUUGACGAUGUGGCUGUAGAGAACUGGAUUGCAGGCACACAUGUGCCAGAUGAGCUGAAGGGCUCCACGUCGCCUAUCCUCUUUGCCUACCCUGCUCAAUCCAACAUGGACGGCUCGCGGAUGCCCUUGGACUGGUCAAGGAGACUGCGCAAGAGAGGCUGCGAAUGUAAAAGUGCCAGGUAUACCUUACUGGACGCUGCGGCCUAUGUUGCAACGUCACAGCUUGACCUGAGUGAUUCUGACUGCGCACCUGACUUCACCGUUUUGAGUCUAUACAAGAUAUUCGGAUUCCCCGAUCUUGGCGCUCUGAUCGUUCGUCGCCAGGCAGUACCGGUAUUUCGGCAUAGGAAAUACUUUGGUGGCGGCACUGUUGACAUGGUUGUUUGUCGAAAGGAAAAGUGGCACGCCUCGAAAGUCAGCAGUUUGCAUGAGGCGCUUGAAGAUGGCACAUUGCCUACUCACAGUAUCAUUGCGUUAGAUGCCGCUCUCGAAACCCAUCAAAGGCUGUUUGGCAAGAUGGAGAGCAUAGCUCUGCACACAUCAGUACUAGCACAUCGGCUACAUAAUCAACUGGCUGCCCUGAGACAUGGCAAUGGUGCUCCUGUUUGUGCUAUCUACUCACCCAGUUCGAAAGACGGAAGAAAACUUCCAGGUACAGGACCCGUCGUGGCCUUCAACUUACGCAACAGCUAUGGUGCAUGGAUAAGCCUUGCCGAGUUCGAAAAGCUUGCUACCUUGAAGAAAUUCCAUAUCCGCACUGGUGGAUUGUGUAAUCCAGGCGGAAUUUCGACUGCAUUGGGGCUCGAGCCUUGGGAAAUGAAGCGAAACUUCUCCUCAGGCUUUCGCUGCGGCAAUGAAAACGACAUUAUCUGCGGAAAACCCACCGGUAUCGUUCGAGUAAGCCUUGGAGCAAUGAGCACUGUCGCAGACGUCGACAAGUUUGUCUUGUUCAUCAGUGAAUUCUACCUUGAUCAGCAUGUUAGCGAGUUACCCGUUUCCAGCCGGGCUCUCGAGAGUGGAAGCGAAUACAAUCUUCAGGUCAGAGAUAUCAUGGUGUAUCCCAUCAAAAGCUGCGCUGGAUUUCGCGUUCCCAGAGGGGUAUUAUGGGAUAUGCGGCCAGAAGGACUUGCCUGGGAUAGAGAAUGGUGUCUUGUACAUCGAGGUACUGGGCGAGCAUUGAGUCAAAAACAACAUCCGCGCAUGGCUUUGCUGCAACCAUUGCUUGAUUUUGACAAGGGCGUGCUGCAGGUAUCCUACCGUGGGCUCCUCCCUGAUGGCAAGCCUCCAUCAAGUAUCGCUAUACCCUUGUCAGCAGAUCCAUCUGUUUUCGAGUCCCCGCAAGUCACGGAGCAUCUUCCCUCGCGUGUGUGCGGAGAGGCAAUUACGGCACAGAAGUACGGCUGCCCCGAUAUCAAUGGCUUCUUUUCUUCAAUCCUCGGUGUCUCAUGUGCCCUGGCCAGAUUCCCUCCAGGCGGCCAAGGCAAGAGCAUGCGCCACGCCAAAGCACACCUGCAAAAGCACCAGAAUGUAUCUUCCAAGUCGUCUCGGUAUCCACUUCCAAGUGGCAUGCCGGGUGUAACGACACCCCCAGACUCGGACACGGAGACGGAGCAGCGCCGUAUUCUUCUUUCAAACGAAAGUCCGAUCCUGGCAAUCAAUCUUUCCAGCCUCGCGGUCCUGAAUCGAGAGGUCAUGGCCCGCGGCGGCAAACCCGUAUCCGCCGACGUGUUUCGUGCCAAUAUUGUCAUUGGCCCGCCUGUGGAUGAUUCCAGACAACCCUCAGCCGAGGACGAGACUCUCGCCUACUCGGAGGAUCAUUGGUCGACGCUGCGAAUCGGCCAGCAGGACUUUCAAAUGCUGGGCUCGUGUCGGAGGUGUCACAUGGUCUGUAUAGAUCAGGACACGGCAAUCAAGAGCGAGGAGCCCUUUGUCACUCUGACCAAAACGCGCAGGUUCGAUGGCAAGGUCUUUUUUGGUACACAUAUGUGUCAUAUACCUGCGACGACAGAGGCCAGUACAGUUGAGGCGCAGCGUCCUACUAUACAGAUUGGAGACACAGUGAUGAUUGACGUCUAG